AGUGAGAGUCCAGAUGACCGGAGCGCACCAUGGCAACAAGCUCAGCUCAAAACUUUAGCAACCAGCCUUUCGAAAGUUUAAAGAUUGUAUACACAGCUCUAUUAUUGCUGGUGGCCUGUUGUGCAUCAGGAGGUAUUGGCAGCCAAAUUGUCCAAGAGGACCAACAUAACCAUGAACAUAAUGCAAAUAUGUUCCUUGGCUCUAAGGACAAAGAUGAAAUACAGAAACUAAAUCCAUCUGAGCAGCGGAAGCGACUGGUGGAGAUAGUGAAAAAGAUUGACACCAACUCUGAUAAAUACCUGACUCCAGAGGAAAUCACAUUAUGGAUACAAAGGGUGUACAGGAGAUAUGCGCUGGAUGAUGCUGAGGAACGCUUCUCUGAGUUUGACUACAACAAUGAUGGUCUGGUAUCUUGGGACGAAUACAAUAUGGUCAUGCAUGGUCAUACUGUGGAAGUGGAUAAAGAUGCUGUUCUUGAGGACCCAGAGGAGGAGUCACUUAGAUUUCUCCAUGCAAAGGAAAAAAGACGUUUUUAUUUUGCCGAUACGGAUGGCUCAGUUGGCCUGAACUUAACAGAGUUCCUUGCAUUUACUCAUCCAUCUGAGGUGGACCACAUGGCUGAUUUUGCUAUUGAAGAUGUGCUAACUGAAUAUGACUUGGAUAAAGAUGGAUUCAUCAGCUUGAGUGAAUUCAUUGGAGAUCUCCGAGCAAAUGAGCAGGACGAGCCCUCGCAGUGGGAGGUCGAGGAAACGGUGCGCUUUAAAGAUCUCUAUGACCAGGAUAAGGAUGGAAAACUCAACAGGGAUGAACAGCUCCGCUGGGUCGCUCCGAACAGCUAUGGGUCGGCACGAGAAGAAGCUAUUCAUCUCAUCAAGGAAAUGGAUCAAGAUGGUGAUGAAAGGCUCUCAGAGGCAGAGAUUUUAAAAAACCAAGACACUUUCAUGAACAGUGAAGUGACCGAUUAUGGAAGACAGCUCCAUGUGCCACAUGAUGAGUUGUAAUAGUUAAAACCUUUUAUAAAUACUUCUUGUGGUGCCACAAA